CAUCGGCAGCCUUUUUCUCUCUCUCUCUCCCCACCAUCCUCGCCCAGGCCUGCGCCCCCAAAAGAGCCCAGAGCGCCGGCGGCGGCAACUGGGGACAAGCAGCGGCACCAGCGCCCGCCGCCGCCGCCGAAGCAGAGGCAGGCAAGAUUCCUUCUCUCUCCUCUCUCCCCCAAAUCCGAGCCACCCACUCCCCCCGCCCCCCUCCUCUCCCCGGCAGCCCUCCGCCAGAAGCGCAGCUCCCCAGCACUUUUUGGGCCCGAGAUAUGGCAAUGGUAGUUAGCAGCUGGCGAGAUCCGCAGGAAGACGUGGCCGGGGGCAACCCGAGCGGCCCCAACCCAGCCGCUCAGCCGGCCCGGGAUCAGCAGCAGCAGCAGCAAGCGGCCUCGGCGGCCCCGCACACCCCGCAGACCCCUAGCCAGCCGGGACCCCCUUCCACCCCGGGCACGGCCGGGGACAAGGGCCAGAGCCAGCAGGGCUCGGGCCAGAGCCAGCAGCACAUCGAGUGCGUGGUUUGCGGGGACAAAUCCAGCGGCAAACACUACGGCCAAUUCACCUGCGAGGGCUGCAAAAGUUUCUUCAAGAGGAGCGUCCGCAGGAACUUAACUUACACAUGUCGUGCCAACAGGAACUGUCCCAUCGACCAGCACCACCGCAACCAGUGCCAGUACUGCCGCCUCAAGAAGUGCCUCAAAGUGGGCAUGAGGCGGGAAGCGGUUCAGCGAGGAAGAAUGCCUCCAACCCAGCCGAACCCAGGCCAGUACGCGCUGACCAACGGGGACCCCCUGAACGGCCACUGCUAUCUGUCGGGAUACAUCUCGCUGCUGCUGCGGGCCGAGCCCUACCCCACCUCGCGCUACGGCAGCCAGUGCAUGCAGCCCAACAACAUCAUGGGCAUCGAGAACAUCUGCGAGCUGGCCGCCCGCCUGCUCUUCAGCGCCGUCGAGUGGGCCCGCAACAUCCCCUUCUUCCCCGACCUGCAGAUCACCGACCAGGUGGCCCUGCUGCGGCUCACUUGGAGCGAGCUGUUCGUGCUCAACGCGGCGCAGUGCUCCAUGCCCCUGCAUGUGGCCCCUCUGCUGGCCGCCGCCGGCCUGCACGCCUCGCCCAUGUCCGCCGACCGGGUGGUGGCCUUCAUGGACCACAUCCGCAUCUUCCAGGAGCAGGUGGAGAAGCUCAAGGCCCUGCACGUCGACUCGGCGGAGUACAGCUGCCUCAAAGCCAUCGUCCUCUUCACAUCAGAUGCCUGUGGCCUGUCAGAUGCUGCCCAUAUCGAGAGCCUGCAAGAGAAAUCUCAAUGCGCCCUGGAGGAAUACGUGAGGAGCCAGUACCCCAACCAGCCGAGUCGCUUCGGCAAACUGCUCCUGAGGCUGCCUUCCCUGCGCACCGUCUCGUCCUCAGUCAUCGAGCAGCUCUUCUUCGUCCGCUUGGUAGGUAAAACCCCCAUUGAAACCCUCAUCAGAGAUAUGUUACUGUCUGGGAGCAGCUUCAACUGGCCUUACAUGUCUAUCCAGUGUUCCUAGAGCACAGCCAACACCCCCAUAGAGACACUGAGGACCAACACAAACAGAAAUAUACGAACCGAGUAAAGUUGGGGUGCAGAGAGGGGGGGAAAGCAGACAAUAAACAAAAAAAUAAAGACUCGUGUAGGAUCAGAUCUGUGACCAUGUUUGAAAGGAAAAGAAAGGACCUUGUGUCUGUGGAAAAUAUUGGAAAAAGGACCGAGGGAAUUUUAAUAAAACCAGAAGGAGAAUAAUGGAUCUUCCAGGAUUUAUUGUGGACUGAUGUGGAUAUAUUCUGUACAGAAACAAAGAAACAAACAAAAAAAUAUUGACGCUGAACUGAAUCUUGUGUAGAAAACACACACACGCAAACACUUACCACGAACAUUGUUAUUCAUUUUGUAAAAUAUUAGUCUUUAUUUUCAUUUUUUGGUAAAAUUUAAAACAUCGUAUGCGCAUAAAGAAAAAAGAAACAAGAAUUAGGGGAAAAUAACAUUUUCCAAAUAAUUAUAAAAAAACAAUUGUCCUGUGUCUAUGUAUCUAUAUCUGUUUUGUAUUUUUUUCUGGUUCCAAACCAGGUUUCCUGUGAUUCUAUACUAAUAAUUUUUGAUAUAACCCUUUGCUUCUUAUAAUGAGUGUGAUAUAUGUUGUCGAAGCUGUUCUUCAAGAAUUAAAAUUGAAGUGAGAAUUUAAACAAAAAUAAAAGAAUUUAGCAAAAAAAUUCAUUAGUCUUGUUGCUUGACCAUGCCAACAGAGUUUACAAACGUAUACUCCCUAGCUUUUAACUUCCAGUGGGAUUAAAUGGGAGAACUUUUUUAAAAACUUCUAGGGAGCUACAAAGUUGUAUAAAACACACAAUGUUCCAGAACUGAUUUGAGUGUGCAAGCUUAGGAUUUAAGAGACAAAUGGGAACACAAACAGUUCAAUGUCAUAGAUGAAUCAAUUUAUCUGCAAUUGUAUCACAAAGCUAAGUGCAUAUACCCUGGUCAACGCUUUUUGAAACACCUUUCUUGUCAGUUGAAGCUUCUGCUAAGUUUACACAGUGCUGUUUCCUUUUGGAAUUCCUGGGCAAGGUUUGGAGUCACUGUAUUCUACCAUCAUUGUGCAGUGAUUUGCAAUAUAAGGUAUACUGUAGUCAUUUUGCCCGUUAUUCGUUUGUUAAAAGCUUAGUGGGGUUUUUCCCAAGAAUUCAAAGACCCAACACUGUGUGUUCUGAUUGUGAGCUGCAUUUGCUAUAUUGUGCUGAAAUGAUCGGUAUUAUUGUUUUUUCUCUCCUCCAGUCACUAAAUGUAAAGGGUAUUCCCACCCCAUUAAUACAGAAAGCUAACUAGAGGUUUGCUUGUUGGGUGGUGUAUAUGUGUGUGUGUAUGCGUGUAUCAUUCACACACACACACACACACACCCUACAUGGAUUAUUGUGCUGUAGAUCUAUAAAAUGAAAAUUUGAGAGGUUUACAAAAGCCCCGUUUUUUUAAUUUUUUUUUUUUUAAAAAUCCUUUCCAUAAUGGAGCCCCUUCGAAGGUGUAGGCUUCACAAUGCUUCUAGCUGGUGGUGCUGAUCUCUGUAGCAGCUUUCAGUGCAUUAAUGUUUUAUAGGAUCUGAGACGGAGCUGUAAGAACACAUACUGCCAAGGGAGCUCUUUCUUAACGUAUUAAUAAAGCUGGAUCUUUUAACAAUAACAUCCCCACACACACCUCCCGCGCCCUCCAAACAAACCCGGAUGAGGCAGGAUUUUCAAUUUGAGGAGUGAUCGGCAAUAGUUUUCUUUUAAUUUACUGUCCAGAUCUUUAUUAUUAAUUAUUAUUAUUAUUAUUUAUUAUUAACAAGAUCCUUCAAUCCAACUCGCUUGGGGUUUUUUAAUAUUCUAGGCGCAGCAGAUCCGAAGCGAGAGCAGUUCUGUACAGUAAGCACUUACAUCUGGAUAAUCCACAUUACGGGCAGACAUUCUAUGGGGGUAAAGUCAAUUUCAAUAUGGAGACUCAGGCUGUCUCCCUAGUAGCCGCUAUGUGUAUGAUUAUUGUAACCCUGGGCACACAAGGGUGGAAAUUAGACGCAAAUACUCUCUCUUCCCAACUCACAUGAGCGCUAAUAGGCGACAGCUCUGUUCCUCACCCUGGUUGACUUCCCCAGAGAGAGGGUACACCAGCCUCUCUGAAAAAGAGAAAAGGGAAAGGCAGACACUGAACACAGACACUCAGCACUUGGAAAUACUGAAAGUAAUCCUUCAGCAUUGUUUUUGGUGGGAUGGGUGCCGGGGGAUACAGUGGCUCGAAGCAAAGAGAGAUCUAGCUUUCCUCCAAUGAGAUGUAAAUAUAUUCAUUACAGUGUUAUCCCACUAAUGAAAAUAGAUAAACUUUUUCGUAGGUAAGAAACGUAUUUUUCAAUUAAUUUUCAUGUUUAUGAAUAAUGCUAGCCCACCGAUUGCCACGAAACUUGCAGGUUAGAUGAGGUGUAAGAGAUGCAGUUAUUGCUAUGUAUGUGAUUAGAAAGAAGUGUUUAUUCCCUUAUUAAACUUUUGCUGAUAUACGGUAUUGUGUUCUGAAGUGUUAACUAUAAAAUAUUUAUUGUGGUCCUGAACAUUUUCCUUAGCCACUUUCAAAGUUCCUGGGCAUUCAUAUAUUUGCUGAAAAUAUUGUACCAUUUGUCACAGUCACACAGUAUAUACUACAAUGUUGAUGUGGAGAAGGGCCAGGGUCCCUUCAUAAGUUUCUGAUGACUUGUUCUUCCGUACCAUGUACCGUUUUAAAGCCAGCUCGAGUUAAAUUUCUCCUCGGUGUUAUCUUG